ACUCAGCGGCAAACCUCAUUAGGAAUGGCUUCUUUCAGCGACUGUUGCUCCUUUUCCUUUACGGCAAGAGGGACCCAGAUGCUAUGGAUUCUUAUUGGACUCAUUUACAUCAUAUGCAUAACAUCAACUGAUGCGAUUUAUUUUAAUGACCAGACCUUCGCAAACAUGGACAUGGAAGAAAAAGCAAGAGUGGUAGACGAUAUCCUAGAAAAAAUAAAUAUCCCCCCUGACGAUGAGAAUUUGCAGUAUAGGAAAGAUUGGGAAGAGUUUGAAGAGAAGAUGGGAAAGACGAAAUCCAAUGCGAAAAAAACGGUGAGAUCUUUCCGGAAAAUAGCCGAUAGAUUUGAUGAAACGUGGUGGGAGUACAAGACGAGGUACGCUGCUGCAAGCUUAUCGUGUGUAAUAGGCGGAGUUAUAACACUUAGUACUGGAAAUGUAGCAGCCAUGGGUUUUGGAAUUACAGGAGCCGUAGUAAGCAUAAGGGCCAAUAGCGUAAAAAAUGCCAAAGAUUUUGAGAAUAAAAAGAUGGCCGAAAAGCUCUUGAAGGAGACCAAAGACAACUUCAUCGCCGCGAUGGAAACGAUCAAUGAAUGGUCAGUCGAAAAAGACUUCGUACGGAUGAUAUACCUUUACAGCUUCGCUAAAUCCUCUAAGGUGGUUAGCCCUCAGGUUUUGGAGAUUAUUCGUGAGAUUAUUCUCGACUCCAUGGGGAUCUCCAUGGGAAAAAAACCAAUAAAUUUUCCCGAAAUGGUAGGGUGGAUUUUUGGUCAGAAAGCAGCAGUUCAAGAUGGCGCUGAAGGAGCAGCAAAGGUAGAAGCACAAGCCGGCGCAAAAACCUCAACACACGAAGCGGGAAAGAAUGCAGCAGAAGUUGUUGAUGAUGGAGUCCAAGCCGGCGCAAAAACCUCAACACACGAAGCGGGAAAGAAUGCAGCACAAGUCGCUGAUGAUGCAGUCCAAGCCGGCGCAAAAACCUCAACACACGAAGCGGGAAAGAAUGCAGCACAAGUUGCUGAUGAUGCAGUCCAAGCCGGCGCAAAGACCUCAACACAGGAAGCGGGAAAGAAUGCAGCACAAGUCGCUGAUGAUGCAGUCCAAGCCGGCACAAAAACCUCAACACAGGAAGCGGGAAAGAAUGCAGCACAAGUUGCUGAUGAUGCAGUCCAAGCCGGCGCAAAAACCUCAACACACGGAGCGGGAAAGAAUGCAGCACAAGUCGCUGAUGAUGCAGUCCAAGCCGGCACAAAAACCUCAACACAGGAAGCGGGAAAGAAUGCAGCACAAGUUGCUGAUGACGUGGCGGAAGCAGGUUGGAAAACAGCUGGAAUUUCCCAGAACUUUUUUAUUGUUCUUAACACUGGCUUUUUAGUGCUGGAUACCAUAGACUUCGGCUUCACCAUCAUAGAUCUCGUUCAAAACAAAGGUUCUGAUACGGCCAAAGAUCUAAGAGAAAUUGCCAAGGACAUCGAGGAUGCUUUCACAAAGUAACUGGAACUUAAAUAAUUGGAACAGUUCAAACUCACUCUAACAGUUAAAUGAAACAGUUCCUAACGAUUUUGAAACCUACUGAUUUUCUGGAUUACUUAAAAACGAACUAAUUUCUUGCAUGUACGAAACCGUGAAGUAGAUUCAGCAUGUUUGAAUCGUUGUGUAGGACCGAUCCGCGUAAACUUAAGGGAGCCUCCGUUAGUGCAAUAAUUCCAGAUAGUUUUCACUUUAGAAGCAAUUGUAAUGUUUUAAUCAGCGACCAAAUAUAUUUUUCAUUGUAAAUACCCAAACAUGACAGACAGAUCCAAUGGUGUGGUUUUUUCCGCUAUAAGAGGACUUAUGUGUCAUAACUUUGGAGUAGCGUUUUCUUAGAGAGUGGUUUUACUGAAAAUAAUUAUAGAUCAUUCCACUCAUUAUAAAAGACCGGAGAGUGCUCAGAACUGUAGCAGGAAAAA